AUGUCCGAUAAACAGAAGGCAAAGGCUGAUGACGGCGAUGGCGAGGAGGGGCCCACGAACGCGAAAGAGAAUAACUGCAAAGGGUGCGGGAAAAAGAGCCGGAGAUUGUCUUUCUUGCGGCUGAGGAAAAGGGAGAAGAGGGGCAUUUCUGUAAAUCCUGGGUGUUUGGGAAGGAGGGGUGUCGGCGGCGGGGGUAGAUGGGGCUGCUCGUGCUUGGGGCAGCCGCGCACUCUGGAUUCCUCCGGUGAGUCACCUACCAGUGAUCCUAACAGCUCGGAGUUUACUUUUGAUAUGUUGAGAGCUCUUAUUGAGAAGAAUGAUUUCUACUCUAAAGACUGCAAUCCACAUUUGGAUCAAGAUUCUUAUUAG